AUGGCGAACGAGAAAAUGCUGCCAGCCCAAGAGGCUGCCAAAAUCUAUCACACCAACUAUGUGAGAAAUGCUAGAGCCAUCGGUGUCCUGUGGGGCGUUUUCACCAUAUGUUUCGCCAUUAUUACUGUAGUGGUCUACAUUCAGCCUUACUGGAUUGGUGACAGUGUAAACACCCCACAGUCUGGAUACUUUGGACUCUUUCACUACUGUAUUGGGAACCCUAUCACCUCUGAAUUGGUCUGCAAGGGAAGCGUUUUCGACUUUGGUUCAAUCCCAUCUGGGGCUUUCAGGACUGCUAUGUUCUUCGUAGGCUGCUCGAUGCUGCUUAUCGUGGGAACCAUCGUAUGUUUGGGUCUUUUCUUCUUCUGCAACGCUGGAAGUGUGUACAAAAUAUGCGCGUGGAUGCAAACAGCUUCAGCGGCAUUGAUGGCGAUGGGCUGUAUGAUUUAUCCGGAUGGGUGGGAUGCUCCAGAGGUGAAGCGAAUGUGUGGUGAGAGGACAACCAAGUACACAAUUGGGAACUGCACCAUACGUUGGGCUUACAUUUUGGGUAUCAUCUGCAUCCUUGAUGCAGGGGUACUGGCACUACUUGCUUUUACUUUGGGCAACCGACAGGACAAUCUGCUGCCAGAGGACUUUGAGGUGGAAGUUGGAAACGACAGUGGGUGAAUAAAGAGCACAGCCACAGUCAG